AUGACUUCAGAUACCAACAAUAAAGAGCAUGCUCGCCAUAUCAAUGGCAGUAUCAUACCCAAUUGUCCCACGCCCAACAACUUUGAAGACAAAUUACCAUCAACAAUAGAGUCUCAUGAUAGAAACGGUACCAUGAAUAUACCCAAAUGUCUAGUGUCUUCACCAGUACACUUCAAUGCAAAUGAAUCUGUUGAAUACUUUGGUCCUCAUUUACCUUCAUACUACAGCAAAAGCGACAACAACUCGAGCAACAUCACCAACAACAACACAACGUCAACCACACCUUCUUCUUCAUCCACUUCUCAACCAUUGUCUCCACCAUUGUCGCCAUAUCAAAGAAAUGCUGAGUUAAAGAAACCAGUCCAAUUGCCACAAUUCUUCAACAAGGACCUUAAAGUGGAGUCAAAGCAACAGCAACAAAAACCGCAGCAGUACCAACACCACCACCACCACCACCACGGACCAUCCUUCCUCAAUAGUGGCAAAGAGUUCAAGUUGGAAAACUUCAAAGAUUACAUCCUCACAGUCAACAUCAAGCCAACACGAAAAUACUACAACCAUCAAUUUGAAUUUCUCGACAAGUACUCGACCAAUGCUUCAAUUGAAAACAAAAACUACAUUGCGUCUUUACCAACGCGCAAAUACAAAAGGAGAUUCAAUUACGACUCAAACGAUGAAUUGGCAACUGAAGACGCAACAACAACAGCAACAACAACAACUAGAGGAACACGUACUAGACGUUUACCCAAAUCGUACGAAGAUAGCGACUUGGACACAUCUUCUGUCGUAUCAUCCAGCCCGAAAAGGAGACGGAGACCAAAUGGUGGUGUUGGAACUGGUGCUGGUGGAAGUGCAGCAGCCAGUGGCAGCAGCACACCCAUACCCAUUGCAGUGCAACAACAAAUGUUGAUUGACGAAUCGAUACCUGACUAUUCACCGGAUGCAUCGAAAACACUACCUGCCAACAACACCAAGUGUCUCAAGAUUGAAUGGAAGGGCCAACCAAUGGACUUGUCACACGACCCAAAUUUGUCGAAAUACCCCAAUUUGCAUCCUGCUGAAAUUGUGCUUGCUAGUAUCUUGAGACUACCCAUUGCCGUAUACAUGGAUUCGAAAAGGCGAUUGUUUUUUGAAAAAGUCAACAAGAUCAAAUUGGGCAAGACUUUUAGAAGAACUGAUGCACAGAAGGCAUGUAGGAUCGAUGUGAAUAAAGCAUCGAGACUAUAUGCUGCGUUUGAGAAAGUUGGGUGGUUGGAAGAUGAGUUGUUUGACGAUUAUAGAGACUAA